AUAAAAACAAUUUUUUUUUUUUGCUGAAGAAAAGCAAAAAAGAAAGGAAAGGAACUUCUACCUUUCAAGAGUUGUGAGAUCUGCACGCACCACAUUCCACACUUGCGCUGUCACCUGUCUUUUCAAGUACCCGAGGCUGGUCUGCGAUUAGGCGGCCUGGGAGCUCUUGUCGCUGAGCAGAAGCCCUGGUGGCCUGCUGCUGGGCGGGUUGCAGGACUGAUGCCCACGCCUGUUGACCCUGCCCUCCAGCCCCAGGCUGAGCCUUUAUCCUUUUCUCCCAGCCAGGCUAACACAGGAAUCUACACGGCCCUGCUCCCUGACGGAGAGGUAUUCACAGGCAACUGGAAUCUGCUACCACCGCUGGCUUGCUACCAAAAAGAUGGGGUCGGAAGCAGUCUCUCCCGUUUGGGAUGGACGACGCUCUGGGGGCUGUGCCAUCUUGUGCAGGGGAGAAGCAGGUGGGGCUGGACCUAGAGGGAAGGGCUCUCCAGGCAAACAGAAUCCGGAGUGCCUGUGUAAACACAGGGGUAUAAAUGAGUCUUCUCGGCCGACGUGGCAUGUCCUCUGAGCCGACGGGUCCCCAGAGCCCGCCCCGAACCAUGGAGGCCAGAACGUUCUGGCUGCUGGUGAUGGUCCUGGCCUUGGUGUCCUCCAGCUCGACUGGGCAGUACGUGGGCCUGUCGCCGAGCCAGUGCGCGGUCCCGGCCGAGGACAGGGUGGACUGCGGCUACCCCGAGGUCACCCCAGAGCAGUGCGACAGCCGGGGCUGCUGCUUCGACUCCAGCAUCCACGGGGUGCCCUGGUGCUUCAAGCCCCUGCAGGAAGCAGGUGAGUCUGCCCCACGUGCACGGGGCACCUUUCCGGGCCCCCAGGAAGCCACACCCACCUGGGCCCCGGGCGGGACCCCCCCGCGCCACGGCUGUCAGUUGGCCGAGGAGGUCUUCGCAAGCUCUAAUCGUUUCACAAAGGUGUUCAAAGCCGAGGCCCUCUGGAGAGGGAACUAGUUUAAAAAGUACUUUGGAGAGAAAUGGACAAUACGUAGGUUUGGAGAGCUGGGCGGAUUUCGAGGUCAUUUUCAGCACACGACCCCAGCAGAGUCUCUGUCCUUUGCGACUGGCGACAUGCUCUCGGCUGGGCUG